AAAAAUUAAGAAAGAAAAUUAAAUUAAAGAGUAAUAAAAAAACAGCAAAUCUUUUUCAGAAGAAGAAUGUUAAAAAAGUUUAUCCCAUAUUACUUUUUAAAGGAAAUAGAUAUCUUUGGCACUCCGGUCACAUUAAAUUAUAAUAAAGACUCUUAAUACAGGACUUAUUUUGGAGGCUCUGUUACGAUUUGUUGUAUUUGUAUCAUCAUACUGCUUUGUAUUUCUACUAUACAAACUUUAUUUGCUAAGACUUAAGUUACCUUUGUUUAGUCUUAGAAUUAUAGUGUAUCACCAUCUUUAUUAGAAUUUGACCAUAAUGAUUUCAUGAUAGCAGUUUAAUAUGAUCAACCUAACUUUAUUUAAAGACCUUUUGUUAAUAUCACUUUACAAUAAAGACAUUACCAUAGAAAUUUAGAUGGAACAACUACUUCUUAAAAUACUACUAUUUAUUUAGAACCGUGUACUCUUGACCAUUUUAGAAAUUUGCCUAGCUUCAAUUUUAAUUGGACAUACGCAUUUUAGCUAGACAAUUUAUCCAAUUUUUUGUGCUUACCAAAGGGGAUCAAAUAUUAAAUAGGAGGGAUUUUUGAAAACGAAGACUUUUAUUUUUUAAAAUUCUCCAUAACUUAUUGUACAAAUUCUACCUAUUAGAAUCCUAAAAAUCCUUGGAAUCCAAUAUGCGAAAGACCAGAAGUAAUUCAAGCAAACUAGUUACAAAAUUCAAGAGUAAGAUUUUUCAUCUCAAACAAUAUAUUAAAUCCAGAAAAAGCUACUAACUCGAUUACUUCUUUUCUAGACUCUCAAAUUUUUAAUAUACAACAAGGGAAAAUGUACACCACUGCUAAUUUAUAUAUUAACUCAUAAACGCUUAUUACUGAUUAGAGCAUUUUUCCAAUCUAAGACAUAGAAACUUAAAAUCUGCUUUAAUUCAAGAGGAGUGAGACAUGGUAAUAAAAUGCUGUGGGAAAUUUUACUAAUUUUUGUGAAGUAUUUUUCGAAAGAAGCUACUAUUCAACAAUUGCUAAUAAAAGCUACUUAAAGCUAGUUUAAGUUGUCAGUUAUAUUGGAGGAUUUAGCUAAGUUUUCAUAUUAAUUUCAGCAUUUAUAGUAAGCAAAUAUAAUGGGUAUAUUUUUUGCAUUGAGCUUGCAAAUAAAUUAUAUGAUUUUGAUAUUCAUGAAGAUUCAGUCAGUAAAGGCAAAAGAUCAAAUAAAUUAGAUAGUCAUCAUCGAAUACAAAAUCAUUUGUAAAUUUAAAAUAGCUCUCCGUUAAAUUACUAAAAGGAUGAAUAAGCUUACUAAAAGAGUAGUUGGUCUCACUAUAAUCUUCAAUCAAAAUUUACUUGUUCUAAUAUUUAGCUCAAUAAAAAUUUAUUGACUACUAGUACUCUUUAAAACAUAAGAAACGAUAACCCUUUUAAUAAUAACUUAAAUUUGUAAACUGCUGAAUAAGACAAUCAUUUAGAUUAGAUGAAGAAAAUACAAACAGAAAAAGAAAUAACGCUGAAGAAUUACAAAAAUACUGAUUUUGUUUUAGAUUCAAAAAUUAAUUAAAAAUAAACUCCAAAUGAUAUUUAAAUUUACGAAAAUAGUAACGCUGACGUAGAUAAUCAAUAAAUUAGCUUACGAAAAGAAAGUCUUAAUCAAGAGAAAUCAAUUCACAUUGAAAGUGUAAACUAAACAAAUUAAUUUUAAUAAACGAAAAAAGAUACUAUUUAAUUUGAUGAAUUCAAUUAAGAUUUACAGGUAAAAAAUGAAUUUAAUUUCACAAACAGAAUUUAAGCAAUAAGUGAGUAAAAAAAUAUUUAAGAUGAUGAAAAAUAAAUUACUCAAACAGAACCAUUUUUCUAAAGAAAAGAAUCAGAAAUUUUAGACACAAAAACAAAUAAUAAUAAUGGAUAAUUCACUUCAAGAAAAAAUUUAUAUCAAUAUAGUGAAAGUACCCCAAAAGGCUAAGUCAGAAGAGCAGUUAAUUCGUUUGGCCGUGCAGCUCGUAGCAUGACUAAAAUUGUUUAAUAAAAAUUUGGAGGAGCUGCUGAGUAGUUUUUGGAGAAAGAAUUCAAAUCAAUUAUUGAAAGGGAAAAAAAAAUAUGGCUUAAUUUUAAAUAUAUUGUUAAUCAGUUAACUUGUGGCAAAUUUUUUUAAAGUGAACAUGUAAAAUUAAUAGACAAAGCUAAAAAUUAAGUAAGUGAAGAUUUAGACAUUUUUACUAUCUUAGAUAGAUAAAAGGAGGUCGAAAAAAUGAAAAAGUUAUUCUUUAAUGAUGAUCAAUAGGUUCUUUUUAAUUUUUUCCCCAAGCCUCUCAUCUCUAUAAGCAAAGAUAACACGGUAUUAAGCAUGAAACAGAUCAAAUAAGAGUAAAUAGACUUAGAAUAAAGUGUUAACAAAGUGCAAAAGCAAAAAAAAAAAUUGAAUAUAUCAUUCAAAAACAUAGGAACAAUAGCCAAGGCGAUUGUCAAGUUUAAAAAGGGAAGAAAUUCUACAAUGUCAAAUUAUUAAAGAUUAUUUAACCACUAUAAAAAGCUAACUAGAAAUUCUGAAACUAACAAUCCAGAAGCAGGUUUGAACAAGAAAUUAAUAGAACUCUUAGGAGAUGAAAUGAGGAAUAUAUUUGAAGUGGCAGUAAUAAUGGAUUAGAAACCUCAUGAAAAUAAAUAGGUUUAACAACUACCAUUGUCAUAGUUCUAUAUUGAAAGAAAAUAGUCUAGAGAAAACGAUAUUCACACAGAAUAAAAUAUCAACUUAGAAAAUUUGCAUAAGAUUACAGAGAGCAAUUAAUAAUAAACAGAUUAAAAUAGUUCAAAAUUAAUAACUUUUAAUGAUUUAUCCAUUUAAAGUAGCAAUACUAAUAAUAAAAAUCAAUAAAAUGACAUAUCCAUAUAAAUUAGCAGUAAUAAAGACCAAUAAAAUGAUAUUUAAAAUAAUCAUAAAGAUCUUGAUAAUAUACAAAUUUAAAAUUAAAAUGAGGACUCAGAUGACUAAAAGGUAUAGAAAGCAAUAGAUAUUCAAGAAAAAUUAUCAUAAAAUAUUCAAAACUCAAACAAAAAUUGA